AGAAGGAGCCGAACCGAACCGGACCGGACCGGACCGGACCGGACGGAGGGUUCAUUAGUCCGGCCUGGAGCCGCUGCGGCCUCCGCUUGGUGGUUUGAAGGAGUUUAAGUUUGCGAUGAGGAGGGAGCUCCUCCUGUUCGCUUCCAGCGGGGCCAUGGAGGAGCUGGUGACAGAGCUUCGCCUGUUCCUGGACCUGCUGGAUCGGGAAUACCUGAGUGCCGGGGUCCGGGAAAAGAAGGUGCACCUGUCCAACAUCCUGAAUCGUGUCCUUUCAGAAAAAGAACCUUCCUUCAAGUCUGAGAUCCACAGCGGCAUGCCGGCCCCUCCUCAGAUGCCCCUUCCCGACAUUCCCCACCCCUGGCUGGCUCCAAACAGCGACCCCCCCCCUCUGCCCAGCUCCUCGCUCCCAGAAGGUUACUAUGAGGAGGCAGUUCCUCUAAGUCCUGGAAAGGCUCCUGAGUACAUCACCUCCAACUACGACUCGGACGCCAUGAGCAGCUCCUAUGAAUCCUACGAUGAAGAAGAGGAAGAUGGGAAGAGUCAGAAGAUGCGUCACCAGUGGCCAUCAGAGGAGGCGUCCAUGGAUCUGGUGAAAGACGCCAGAAUCUGCGCCUUCCUGCUGCGUAAGAAGCGUUUCGGCCAAUGGACCAAACUUCUGUGCGUCAUCAAGGACAACAAGCUGCUGUGCUACAAAUCAUCUAAAGACCAGACGCCACAGAUGGAGCUGAGCCUGUCGGGAUGCAGCAUCGUCCACGUCCCUAAAGACGGCAAGAAGAAGAAGCACGAGCUGAAGAUCGUUCACCAGGGGGCAGACCCGCUGGUCCUGGCAGUGCAGAGCAAAGAACAAGCCGAGGAAUGGCUGAAGGUGAUGAGGGAGGUGUGUGUUAAUGGAGGCGCUGAUCCGGACGGCGCUGCAGCGGGAUUAGCCGUCCUCAGAGCAGAACCAGACAAGAAAGCGUCAUGUGACCGUCCAAGCUCAGAUGGCGAAGCAGGUCAUGAAAAUGGGCUCAGCGACGGCAAAGACCAAGGAAAAACAAAGAAAAGCUCCAAAUCCGAGCAGAAAAUUGGGACCGUUGGAAAAGGAGCUGGAAAGAAGAUCACCAAGAUCAUCGGCCUCGGGAAGAAGAAGCUGUCCACGGAUGAACAGACGUCCUCUGCAGAGGAAGAUUUUCCUACCUGCGGCUACCUGAACGUGCUCUCCAAUAACCGCUGGCGGGAGCGCUGGUGCCGCCUGAAAGACAACCAGCUGCUGCUCCACAAGGACUGUGACGACCUGAAGAGCCACGUCGCCUCUCUGCCGCUCCGAGGCUGCGAGGUCAACCCUGGCCUCGAUCACAAACACCCCUUUGCCUUCCGUCUGCUCCGUAACGGCCAGGAAGUAGCGGUGCUGGAGGCCUCCUCCUCUGAGGAAAUGGGCCGCUGGUUGGGAGUGUUACUGGCUGAGACGGGCUCCAACACCGACCCGGCCACCCUGCAUUACGACUACAUCGAUGUGGAAACCACCGCCAACGUCAUCCAGUUAGCAAAGCAGUCCUUCUGUUUCACCAGUAAGCGCGCCGUGUCUCCCAGCCCAUACCGGGACGGCCAACUCAACGGCUACGCCUGCCCCUCUAGCACGGCGCUGCACUAUGACGAUGUCCCCAUUAAUGGACUGUUCAGAGGGAAGAAAGCGGCGAGCAGCAACGGCGCUGCCUCCAAGCAGAAAGUGGACCCAAAGAGUCAGACCAAGAAGAGUGGCGCUACUGGGACCAACGAGACGGCAUCUGUGAAACGUAACAGCUCCAAUGCAGAACAGUGCAAGUAUGGCAAGAACCGCGUUGAGGCCGACGCCAAGCGGCUGCAGGCCAAAGAGGAAGAGCUGAUGAAGAGGAAGCAGGAGAUUAGGAACCAUCUGACCCAGCUGAAGAAGGAGAGGACAGACCUGCGUGCUGCUGUGGAGGCUGCUGCAGGCAAGCGUUCGCAGGCGGCGCUGGUGGAGCGCUUGAAGAAGGUGGAGGACCAGUGCAAACUGAAGGAGGAGGAGAGGGUUAACCUGGAGCUGGAGCUGACCGAGGUCAAGGAGAGUCUAAAGAAAGCGCUGAGCGGGGGUGUGACCCUGGGCCUGACCAUCGAACCCAAAGCCGCUGCCUUCGGCCCACAGUCUCCAGCCGUGAUGCGGCGAACACAGGAGUCCUCCCCCUUCUCCAGCUGCGACACUAGCGACACGGAAUCCUGCACACUGCCGGUCAACAGCGCAUCGCUGCUGCGCCGGCAGCAGAGCAACCAGAAGCCCUCGACGGUCAGAGGACACGUCCUCAGGAAGGCAAAGGAAUGGGAGCAGAAGAGUGGCACAUAAACCAGGACCCUUCUCCAUCGGCCUCACAUUUGCUCCUUUCUGCUGCAGAAAUUGUGUAUAUAUUUAUUGUAAACUGCUCCUACAGUCAGAGCGUGCAGAAGAGGACCCAGAGACGGCAUCGCUGAAACCAGAUCGUACCAAUGCACCCGGCGGCAGGGGGGACUUUGAUGCUCUCUAGCAGGAUUAGUGAUUUCUGAAAACGCAGACACAGUUAAUACUUUUUACAGUUUGGUGAUGCAGUUUGAAAGGAAACCAAAAUAAGUAUUUAUUUGUAUAUGUUUAAAGGAAAUACUGACUUUCCCUGUUUUUAUUUAUGCUGAUUUUUUGUUUUAUUUGUGACUCUUUACCAGCAAGUUUUAUUUUUUAAUCGCUGAGUCCAUCAGGGUCAAAAUAACAGACACCCACCUCCAAAUUGUCCCAAUAACACCAAAUAAAUAGGGUUUGAAUGCAGGAGAGAAAUGGAGAUCAGAAUGAAACAUGGAACCAUGAUCCAUAAAGUAGGCGACGCAGCAGCAGAUCUAAACCAGGCGACUGAUUCAAAAUAUUCUCAUUCAAUCAUUUAAUCUGUUUGGAGACAAAAGUUGAAUUUAAUCAAAGCUGCUCUGACUUCCUGAAGCCAGAACUAGAACCUAAUGAACAAAAAAGCUUCUGAGAGGGGAUAAUGAGUGUGUAGCGGCCGCUCCCAUCGCCCCCUGGUGGCUGGUCCAGAUUGUUACAGCCUUCUUAAUGAUUAAUGUUAUUUAAGUUUUCGGUCAGAGAAGAUUUAAUUUUUAGAAAAUGUGACUUUCUUUCUGCCAUUUUCCUCGUGGGCCUCUUAGCUCAGACUGGCAUCAGUUUAUAAACAGCUUUUGACGUUCAUCUGGUUUAUUUUCAUGGUUUGUUUCAGAAGCAGGAAAACAUUUUAUUGACCUUUGAACUUAGCUGCACUCCCAGAGGAGAAGAUUGAAACACAGUAACGUUUGUUGUUAGUCGGUCUCUCUAAACUGGAAGCAGCGUUUUGGGAUCAACAUUUAGGCUUCUGCUCCACUUUGAUCUUUUACUUUAUGACAUCACAGGUGAUUAUUUCGAAGGGAAAGUUUCCGUUUGUGUCAAUGAAGCUCAGAAGUUUCUCUGUCUGUAGCUCAGCUGGAAUGAAAACCAGCCUGACGGCUUGUUGCCCCGGAAACACAUUAAGCAAACCUCUUCUAAAGGAAACCAAACGUCUUGAUCUGUUAAACAGGCUCUUCCCAGGUAACAACGCAGGCAAAGAAUAAAGAAAAAUCUGGGAAUUGAUUUCAUUAGCCUCUAAAUACUGGAAGCAGCCAGUGAGACUGUGCACAACAAUGUGUCACCACGAGGCAACAAACCUGAGCACUGAAGCACAUCCUGUUGGACCAGAACUACAUCAGUUAUUGUAGCUUCAUUUUUCACUCAACAGCUAAAUAUUAAAACAUUAAACAUCAUUUAUUUACCUAAACUAGACCAAGUGGAUGUAAAACUUCAUCCAGGAGGCGACGGAAACAUGUUGGAUCCUUCGAACUGAUGGAUGCAGGUCGCUGAGUCUGUUGAACAUCCUGCUGCAGUUUUCCAGUCAAACAGACUGACUCCAUCUUUAAUUACGCUCCUAACGAGCGCCGCCAUGUGUGACAUCAUCACCUCCUCAAAGAUCAGCUUAGUGAACCAGACUCUCCAUGGUUCGUUUGAAAUGUUGAAUGUUGUUUAUAUAGAAAUAUUGCAUCAGCUCUCUGAAUGUUAUUCUCUAUCUGUCGCUCACUCCGUUACCAUGACGACAGCAGCAUAAUGGGAGCUUAAUGGUCCCAGUAUUGGGUGGCCUGCUGUGGGUUUUUGCAGCACCUUAUAUGUUUUCUUUUCUGUUGUAUAUCUCAGACAGUCUCCACCUCGGGGACACAUUAGCCUGACAGAAUAAACGUCUGUGACCACAAACACA